AUGUGGAAUGAACUGCAGUCUUCGCCCUCUUUUUAUAUACAUUAUGUGAAGCAACGAAGACACCAUAUUCUUAUAACAGAUUAUGUUAAUAUAUGGGAAAUUUAUCUUUCUGAAGAAGAAUUCUUAAAAUGUCUCACGGAAAGUAACAUUGGAUUAGAAAUGGGCACGCAAGAACUUAUUCAAAAGGGUAUUGAAUUGCUAAUGCAUCCACAAGAUCUGAAAAAGAUCAAUAUUUCACAUGAUGGAACAAGUCUUGUUGUAGUUAUGACUAAGUUUUAUGGAUUUCCUUUUAAACUAAAACUACAUCUUAAAGAAGGUUCUAGAGAAUUAUUCUUUCAUGAAGUCAUGCAACCAAUUUUAAAAACUAUACAUGAUUUGAAAUCGAGUGAAAAUGAAUUACGGACAUUAUUGAAGAAAAAAGAUGUGGAAAUUGAAGAAUAUAAAUCUCUGGGUGGAAAAAUUCGAUACACUGCAUUACCUCGAUACAAUGAUGAGGAACAUAUGAAAAAACAUUCUGCGUACAAUACACAUUUUGGAGUACAAGAAAUACCAAACAAUCUUCUUCAAAGAGUUGUACAUGUUUCUAAAGAAAAUGAUAUAGACAACAUAGGUACUAAUAUACCUAUUAAAAGUGAACCAGAGUCACAAGAGGUGAUAUCAAAUCAAACAUCAAUUAACAGAUUGAUACAAAUAAAGCAAGAGCGUAUUAAAAAUGAAUUGCCAACAAUAAAACGAAGAAGACCGUUAAAUAUU